UUACCUAAAGGAGGAAUCAAAAGGAACGAGACUAAGAUUUGACAUCAUUUUCAUCAUGGUUAAAAAAACACCAAGAUACAUUGAUGUAGAUGGUUAUAAAUAUUGCGAAUGCUUCGUUCCUGAUAUUGUAAGGCAAGCAAUCAAUUACAAGCCAACUGAAAAAGAUAUCUUCGUUGCAACUUAUCCAAAAUGUGGAACAACUUGGAUGAUCCAGACAGUGAUGCUGGUUCUUAACAAAGGAAAAAUACCAAAUACCAUAGAAGAAUACUUCGCCUUAUGUCCGUUUUUAGAAAUGUUAGGACCCGAAGAAAUUCCAAACAUGCAUGGAAAAGGAUGCAUCAAAAUUCAUUUCCCAUUCAAUUUAACACCAUAUUCUCCAGAUGCCAAAUACGUUUAUGUAGCACGAAAUCCAACAGAUUGCUGCAUUUCUUUCUACCAUCACACUAAACUAUUCCCAGCUUAUCAUUUCAGCGAUGGUACUUUUGAUGAUUUCUUCGACCUUUUCAUUGAAGGUCAAACGGAUUUCAAUGAUUACUUUGACAACUUAUUGUCAUGGUACGAACACAGAAACGAUCCCAAUGUUUUCUUCGUCACAUACGAGGAGAUGAAGAAAAAUCCAAAGGAAACAAUCAGGAAGCUGGCCAAAUUUCUUGGAGAAGAAUAUUCAUCUGCAGUAGAAGAGAACGACGAAUUGUUGGAUGAGAUAGUCCACAAAAGCAGCUUUGAAUACAUGAAGAAAACGACAAAUAAUCUGUUUACAGAAAUGCUCAACCGCUGUGAAGAGUAUGCUGAAAAUCAGAAAGCUCCGCGAGGAUUUCGAGCAUGGUGUAAGUACAAUGCAAUUGCUAUUAAAGAAGGACAAGGAUCGAUUGGAAGCUUCCUAAGAAGUGGAGAGAUUGGAGAAGGAAAAACAGAACUUUCACCAGAGCAAGAAGAAAGAUUGAAUAAAAGAAUAAAGGAGAAAACCCAAGGUUCAGAUGUAAUGAAGUUGUGGGAAAAUACGAAAUGAGCAUUUGCUACUUUUCUUAUUUGCCGCUUUUCGAACUGCUUGAAUUCUCUCCCAUCAAAUAAUUAUCAGAUGUUUUCUAAUUGGAUUUCUGGAUGUAUUCACUAGAUCACUUACAAUGCUCAAAUCAAAUUAUGGCAUCAUUAUAAAAAGGCAGCUACCUAUUUUAAAAUUCGAUUUCUACAAAAUAAAUGAAGAUUAA